GACACGACUCCCUCAGUGCCCCCACUUACAUGGCAGCUACUAGCGAGUGGGUAAAAGAUUAAACAAAAGAACACGUCAUUGUUAUAGUUAUCAUCUUCUAAAUCUCCUAUUGCUUAAGCUGAAUCAGCAUCAGCUGGUGACUUUAAUACGGCACCGUCUUCUUUAAUAUCUUCAUAUCAAAUCAUCGUCUGCGCUAAUACAAUCGUUGUCUCCUGAGUUCGGAAGGAAACAAUGGCGACGACUCGCGUGAUCAUCAGAGCAAUUAAGAAACGCACCGUUUUGUUCCCCGCAUCGCACUUUCUCUCUAGCUUCUCCGUUUCCUCUUCUCGACACGGUAGUACGCUGGUUGUGGCGGAGCACGAAGGUGGUGCCAUCAAAGCUCCUUCUCUCUCAGCACUUGUUGCUGCAAAGUCUCUCACUGGUCACGAAUCUUCCGUUUCUCUUCUCUUGGCUGGUUCGGGUCCUUCCCUCCAUCAAGCUGCUUCACAUGCUGCUUCUUGUCACCCUUCAAUCUCUCAGGUGCUGGUGGCAGAUUCAGAUAAAUUCAAGAGCCCUCUGGCAGAACCCUGGGCUAAACUAGUACAUUUGGUUCAGCAGAGAGGUGGUUACUCUCAUAUAAUUGCUGCUUCAAAUUCUUUUGGGAAAAAUGUCAUGCCGCGUGCAGCUGCCCUUUUAGAUGUUUCUCCAAUUUCUGAUGUUACUACAAUUUCUGAUUCUCAUACUUUCGUGAGGCCAAUAUAUGCUGGAAAUGCACUUUGUACUGUCCGGUAUACUGGUUCCAAUCCUUGUAUAAUAACGAUAAGAUCCACAUCUUUUCCUGUUCCCCAGAAGCCAGUUGACUCAAAAUCUAAUGAGGCUUCAAUAUCUCAGGUUGACCUUUCAACCUUUGAUGAAGAUCUCGGCAAGUCUAGAUAUAUAUCUCAAACUUCUCAGGACGAUGAACGACCAGAUCUUGGGAAUGCACGAAUUGUAGUUACUGGUGGCCGUGCACUAAAGAGUGCCGAGAACUUUAAAUUGAUUGAAAAUCUAGCCAAGAAACUUGGUGCUGCUGUUGGUGCCACUCGUGCUGCUGUCGAUGCGGGAUUUGUUCCUAAUGAUCUUCAGGUUGGCCAAACUGGAAAGAUUGUUGCUCCCGAACUCUAUAUAGCUUUUGGUGUAUCCGGAGCUAUUCAACACUUAGCAGGGAUGAGGGAUUCCAAGGUUAUUGUUGCCGUGAACAACGAUGCUGAUGCUCCUAUAUUUCAGGUUGCUGAUUAUGGACUUGUAGGAGAUCUGUUUGAGGCGAUACCAGAGUUACUGGAGAAGCUUCCUGAGAAAAAAUAAAACGUGUAACAUGCAUCUGUAUAUACUAUAAAGUUGCAGAAUGUAUCAUCCUUACAUGUGUCCGUUUCCAGAGAAAUAAAUCGAUUCAAUUGCAUUACACAUCCAUAUUGUGACUUGUGGCCUAACAGUUCUACAUGCUGUCUUUGAAUGACAAGUGACAACACUUCUUUUUUUAAACCAGCACAUUUUUAGGAAAUUUUUUGAUGCAUACAUUGUGGAGCAUUGUUAUCACAAAAACAUAAUAGAUAAAAUUAGAUCAUUCAUCGUUUCACCCAAAACUUAAUAAUAUCUGAGCCCAAAUUUUGUAUCUGUGAAGUUCCUGUGCCGCCAGAUUUUGUAUGCUUGACCUUUUCCUACACACUACUAUUUGCGUGCGUUGCCCUAUAUCUAAGUAAGCGUUCGGAGAAGUUUUAAUGUGUGUGAUUUUUUUUUUUUGGAUACAGAAGGAAAUAACCCCAACCCUUCAUAAAGAAUAUGAAGAAGAAGAGGGGGAAAUGAAGGGGAAAAUAAUUUGGGAUGAAGGUGUUGAUGUUGAUAUUGAUACAGAAGGAAAAUAAAAAACACAAAACAGAACAUAUGCCUAGCCAGGCAUCAACCUGGGAACAGAAAUGCCCAAACAAUCAUUUUGCAGUAAACUUCUACAGCCAUCUAGGGGAGGGAGUCGAACCAAGUUGUGAUCUAGGCGUCGUCCACAAGAUGAGAGGCCAUCCAAUCAGCAACCUGUUACCUUCUCUAGGAACAUGAAGAAACUCCACCUUCCACUUUCUAGCAAUGUUCUCCUUAAUUCUGAGAAUCAAAUCAAAAUAAGGGUGAGAAUUAAUGUACCCAUUAGAUAUCAUAUUCAAGGCUUCAACAAAAUCAUCUUCCAAAAUAACUUGGUGAACUCGAACAUUCCAAGCCCAUUCCUAACCAGUCAAAAGACCCCAGAGCUUUGCCAAGGCUGUACCACUGCCCAAUUUUCUAGAAAACCAUGUGAUCCACAUACCAGAACAAUCCCUGCAAACUCCUCCAUAACCUAACCUCGACCCAUUAUUAGCACAAGAACCAUCAGUAUUAAUUUUCAACUAACCUGGAGGGGGCAAAUUCCAUUUAACAGCACUUAUCUACUUGGAUUGACAAAAAGACGCUUCCAUCAACAUGCAGUCUGCCACGUUGAUCUUUUGCACAUAAACCAUAGAUUGCUGAUAAACUUCGAAGGGGGAAUGGCAUGUUUCAUUAAACACCAAGUUAUUCCUGUUCUUCCAAAGAAGCCAUCAUAUCACACCAAAUAGUUUCCUCCAAUCCUUAUUUUGGAUUCUUCUGUUAAGAUUCCUACUUGUCCAGCUACUGAAGUCCCCGAUGAAGAACAAAUAGCGAUCACUCUUUCUGAUGCAUAGCUCCUAGACUUGAUGGGCCAAGGUGCAGUCUCUAAGAGCAUGAAGACAAUCUUCUACAGGAAAUUGACGUCUAGGACAAGAAGCAUCCUCACUCAUAUGUCUCCUACUUCUCUCACCAUUUCUCACCGAGAAUUAGCCACAGGAAAAGCUUGAUACAUUGAGGGCCCUCCCAAUCCCAUGCCAGAGACCAAUUUCUGCAAGUACUAUCAGCUUGAUUGGGAUACAAAAGAGAGUAAGCUGAUUUUAAAGUGAAAAUGCCCGAAGAAGAAUGAUUCCACAGAACUUUAUGAACCCCAGUUGCGCCAGAAGGGGGGGAUUAUAUCAACAGCAACAUGUAAAUCUUCCUAUGUCAGGUGAUCUACAAUCUUUUUCCAAUGCUAGUUACAUAAUUGAUUAACAAUCGAGACUUUCCAGUUGACAGCAUCCUCAGGAAGAGGUUGAAUGAUUCUAUCCAGCAAAACCCUCACCCCAAGAACCCAUUUAUCCCUCUAGAAGUUAGUGCUGGAGCCAAUAACCAUUGGAAAUCUGAAGCUAACUUGGACUUGAUUCCAGACUUUACACACUUCUUUCCAUGUAUUAGAAAUAUUUUUACCAUGCUUAGAUUAGGAAUUAAAUCAGAGUUCACCUUAUAUUUGUCGCGAAGGAUCUGGACCCAGAGAGCUUCUCUGUUGGACAGUAGGCUAUGACCAAUUUUCAUUGAAAAAGCCUUACUAAUUUUACCUUGGCCCUCAGACUUAGGCCACCUUCUUUCUUGGGCCAACAAAUUUUGUCCCAAUGAACAAUAUGGGUCUUCCUCUGGUCAAA